AUGCCUUCUUUUUUUCAGGUUUUAUUUGCAUUGGUCACUAGUGUUAUGAGUGUGCCUGUCGUGAACGAUGCUGACGCUACCAUAACCAGUUAUGAUUAUCAGCUGAAGGAAAAUGGAUACAGUUUCUCUUAUUCAACCAGCAAUGGAAUCACAAGGCAAGAAAAUGCGGUUAUAAUCGGUGAUCCGAAUAGGAUGAACGACGAUAACCAAAUUAUUAGAGUGAAUGGAUUCUAUUCCUACACCGAUAAGGAUAACAAUGUGUAUCGAGUAGACUAUGUAGCAGACGAGAAUGGUUACAGGGUACUUGAAAAGGCACCACCUUCUGAGCCUUCUGGAGGUUUUGGGGCUCCUGGUUUUGCGUCUUCUGCAGGUUCUGCACCUUUUGCAGGUCCUAUCUCUCAAAGUUUUGGUGGAUCACAGUCCUACAGCCCCGAAGAACCAAAACCUAUAUCAUCAGCAGCCUUAGCUUCUCUUGGUGGAUCAUGAAUUUGAGCAAUAAUUAUUUUCAAUUUUGU